ACAGGCCCACGUCAGCACCUUGCGGAAAUACCGCGGCGAAACGGGUCGAUCGGUACCAGCGCUCGUGAUGUUUUCAUACUCGAAUAGAGAGUUUAUUAUAAACUAACGCAGUAUUGUCUUAGUCACGCCACCGGUUGAUUUGGUCCUCGACAUCCGGUGCCUGUUCCGGUUGAUAAGCGCAACGGAAAAGGGGAUAAAAUGUCCCUGUUUCAGUCAGCUCUCGAUUUCCUGGCCGGGCCCGUCGGAUCCGGUGCCGGCGCAGGCCGGGACCAGAACGACUUCGUCGGGCAGGUGGUGGAGCUCGGAGAGCUGAAGCUCCGGAUCAAACGGGUCAUCGCGGAAGGUGGCUUUGCGUUCGUGUAUGAAGCUCAGGAUUUGGGCAGCAGUAAGGAUUAUGCCCUUAAGAGGCUUCUUUCCAAUGAGGAGGAAAAGAACAAGGCUAUCAUUCAGGAAGUCUGCUUUAUGAAAAAGCUGUCUGGACAUCCCAACGUGGUGCAGUUCUGUUCUGCAGCAUCUAUCAGUAAAGAAGAUUCUGACACGGGCCAAGCGGAGUUUCUCAUUCUGACUGAACUCUGUAGAGGCCAGCUGGUUGAUUUUAUAAAAAAGGUGGAGCAGAAAGGACCCAUGUCAUGUGAUACAGUUUUGAAGACUUUCUACCAGUCAUGUCGUGCUGUGCAGCACAUGCACAAACAGUCUCCACCAAUCAUACAUCGGGAUCUGAAGAUUGAAAAUUUGUUGAUCAGUCAUCAGGGAACUAUAAAGUUAUGUGACUUCGGCAGCGCCACAACUCUUACACAUUACCCAGACUACAGCUGGUCUGCUCAUAAGAGAUCUAUGGUGGAGGAUGAGAUUACUAGAAACACGACACCAGCGUACAGGACACCAGAGAUGAUUGAUCUGUAUUCCAACUACCCGAUAAACGAGAAACAAGACAUAUGGGCUCUGGGCUGUAUCCUCUAUCUGCUCUGCUUUAAACAACAUCCGUUCGAGGAAGGAGCCAAGCUCCAGAUUGUCAACGGCAAAUACACCAUUCCUCAAAACGAUACCAAGUACACAGUCUUUCACCAGCUCAUCCGAUCGAUGUUGAAAAUCAACCCGGACGAGCGGCUGUCGAUCAAUGAGCUUGUCAACCAAUUGCAAGAGAUCGCCGCAGCCAGGAACGUCAACCCCAAAUCACCCAUUACUGAGCUCCUGGAGCAGAACGGAGGGUUCGGGAAUAACGGCUCACAGCUUCCCUCGCAGAUCAACAACAUACACAAUGCUGGUGUGUAUGAUGGAGAUCAAGGAAUGGGUGGAGGUUUUCUGGACAUUUUGAAAGGAGGAACCGAAAGAUUUCUCACUAACAUCAAAGACACGUCCUCCAAAGUAAUCCAGUCUGUGGCCAGUUAUGCUAAAGGAGAUCUUGACCUGUCCUACAUCACCUCCAGAGUAGCAGUCAUGUCUUUCCCAGCUGAAGGUGUAGAAUCUGCUAUCAAGAAUAACAUCGAAGACGUGCGUUUGUUCCUGGACUCCCGUCACGCGGGUCAUUAUGCUGUUUAUAACCUCACCAAACGCUCCUACAGACCCGCCCGAUUUCACAACAGGGUAUCUGAGUGUGGUUGGCAGCCCAGGCGAGCUCCUACUUUAAAGAACUUAUACAGUAUAUGUAAGAACAUGCAUCAGUGGCUCAAGCAGGACCAGAGGAACAUUUGUAUCGUGCACUGUUUGGAUGGGCGGGCCGCCUCAGCUGUCGUGGUUUGUUCGUUCCUCUGCUUCUGCCGCUUGUUCUCCACGGCCGAGGCUGCCGUUUACAUGUUCAGCAUGAAGCGAUGCCCACCGGGUAUCUCGCCUUCACACAAACGGUAUAUUGAAUACAUGUGUGAUAUGAUGGCGGAAGAGCCCAUAAUCCCCCACAGCAAGCCAAUCACCAUCCGUUCCGUCGCCAUGACGCCCGUACCACUCUUUAAUAAGCAGCGUAAUGGGUGCCGGCCGUUUUGUGAGGUCUAUGUUGGCGAUGAACGCGUCGCCACCACCUCGCUGGAAUAUGACCGGAUGAGUGAUUUUAGGAUGGAGGACGCUCGAGCUGAGAUUCCUCUGAACAUCACCGUGCAGGGAGAUGUACUAAUAGUGAUCUAUCACGCCCGUGCCACGCUAGGUGGACGUCUGCAGGCUAAAAUGGCCUCCAUGAAGAUGUUUCAGAUUCAGUUCCAUACGGGUUUCGUGCCCAGAAACGCCUCCACUGUCAAAUUUGCAAAGUAUGAUCUUGAUGCGUGUGACAUCCAGGAGAAAUAUCCUGAUCUCUUCCAAGUGCAUGUAAAUGUGGAAGUGGAGCCUCAGGAUCGCCCUAGCAACAAAAGCCCGCCCUGGGAAAGCUUUUCCACCAAAGGACUCAAUCCCAAGAUCCUUUUCUCUAGUCGAGAUGAACAGCAGGAGAUCCUCACAAAGUUUGGUAAACCAGAGCUUCCACGACAGCCCGGUUCUACAGCGUGUUAUGCUUCUGAACCCUCAAUGCCCGAAUCCUUACCUGAGGAUCCACACACAGAAUCGGACUCACCGUCCCCUCAAAGCACAGACUCCAACGCCAACAACUUCUUCCAAACGCUGGACUGGGAAGAUGGCGGUAGGCAAUACGAUCACCCUGACAGCCAGUUAGAUGAGCAGGAUGAUUUAAGCGCUGGUGGGUCAGAGGAGGAGUCAGUGUCUUACUCCGCCCCUGCUGAUGGGACUCUAUCACGAGACACUAGCGAACCUCUAUUUGAGGCAGAUUUUACAACCACACCACCCGAUCCCCAGCCCGACACAGAGGAUCUGCUCGGCCUGAACUCUGACCCUUGCCCUCCGGCCGGGAUGCCUCAACCAGGCAUCACUGCUGAGCCGGGCUUGAAGAGUUCUGCCAGUAACAGCGAUCUUCUGAACGACCUGUUCGCUCCACCACCCAACACUAUGCCUGCAGUAGACACAGAAGACCUGAUAGGUGAAGGUACCGGAGAAGAUUUCUUCUUCACCAACACACAGUCAACACAGAGUCAAGCAGCACCGACGACCACUAAAGCAGACUUCUUCGACCCUUUCGGCGUAGCGUCAGGAUCUUCAGAAUCGGAUCUGUUUGGUGAUCUUUUGGGUUCAGAUGGUGGCAGCAGUGGAUUCAAAGCUCCACCUCCUGGAUCCAACUCCAGCCUCUUCAACCUCAAUAAGUUAGCUGGAGAGACCCCUAAGAUGACAUCAUCGGCGAGUCAGCCUGAUCUGUUGGGUGGAUGGGAUAACUGGAGCACAGGAGGAACCAGCACAUCCACUAACAUGACCAAUACUGCCAGCAAACCUGCUAUGAGUGCCUCAGGAGUCUCUUCGUUCUCCAAGGCCAAAUCUCAAAGCUUCGACCCGUUCGCAGACCUUGCCAACCUGGGUUCAACACUGCCUGGCUCAUCCAGUGCUGGAUUCGCUGGCUCGGGUUUUAAAACGGCGCCAUCUGCUGAUGUCCCUAAGAACGCAAAUCAGCAGUGGCAGCAGACCUCUCGGCCUUCCUCCGGUCCCGCUAAACCAUGGAUGCCUCUGAACUCGGCUCACAAACCUAAAACCCAACCCUCCAAACCUGCCAGCCAACCAGCUAAACCCAACUACAACCCCACUUUCAGUGUGAUUGGUGGACGAGAGGAAAGGGGAAUCAGGGGGCUGGGCUAUGGUCCAAAGCCUAAAGUGAAAGAGGAUGACUUUGGGGAUCUUCUGUCCACACAGGGUUUUAACUAUAAAACCGAUAGAAAGGGUCCCAGGACCAUCGCUGAAAUGAGAAAACAAGAGCUGUCUAGAGACAUGGACCCUCUCAAACUUCAGAUCAUAGAAUGGAUUGAAGGAAAGGAGCGAAACAUCCGAGCGUUGCUCUCCACGCUGCACACGGUCUUAUGGGAGGGAGAAACCCGAUGGAGACCUGUAAACAUGGCUGAUUUGGUCACACCUGACCAGGUGAAGAGGGUCUACAGGAAAGCGGUGCUUGUUGUGCACCCAGACAAGGCUACAGGUCAGCCGUACGAGCACUACGCUAAGAUGAUCUUUAUGGAGCUCAGCGAUGCCUGGUCAGAGUUCGAGAACCAAGGAUCCAAAGCGCUUUUCUGAGCAUGCUCAGUGAGGGUCUGUCAGAAGCAGUGUGCCCCCUACAGGCAGGCUGAGGCACGGCUCCUUCUCUCUCUCUCUUUUUCUCUCCAUACACCCAGAUACACUGCCACUGACCGCAAACAUGUGGCUACGAAUAAGAGAGAUCCUUGAAAUAAUGGAGGGAAGAGAACAGACCUCUGUUUGUGGAAUGGACGGAUAUAAUCUCGACACAAACUGUUACACGAUGACGAGAACUGAAACCUGUAGCGUUGGAUUCUCUUCAUUUAAAGGGGAUCGUGCUAUCAUCUGUGGCAUUUAUAGAUAUAAAACUACACACGCACAUUUGAGACUACAGUCUGUGCACUUCUAAAGAGUUCGAAAGUAGAUGGUUGUUGGUCAAAGAUUGAUUUUAUGUCAUGCUGUGCAUCACUUUUUUCCACAUAUUUUGAAUCCGUGUGGUUUGUCGGCUAUAAUUGAUGUAAAUAUUCACUUAGCUCUGUGUGUGUGUGUGAGAGAGGAUGCGAGUGUGUGCGUGUGUGCGUGUGUGUGUGUUUAAGGGUGGACACAGUGUUCAAGCGACUUUGGCACUCCAGGAUAUGAAGUUUCUGUAUUUUCAUGACUUUGUCUCAGCACGUUUCUCACUGAUCACAAGUGUUAUUUCUCACCAAACAUCUCAUCGUGAGGUGCGUUUGUGUGUUGGUGGCUUCAGGGCUCAUUUUCAACAGUCCAAAGAUGAUUUUCAGUGGAUAGGAAAUUCAUAACGUGUCUGUAAGCUUUGCGUCUUUUUUGUUUUUAUCUCAAGGACCAAUCAGAAAUGUCUUUAUUUAUUAUUUCGACAGGUGUAAACUGUACCUACAUGGUGACUAAUUCAAAGGCAGAUUUAUAAAGGAUUAAGAGGUUUAAUGUAUACAAUUUGCAUUUUGCAAACUAAAAUCAUUCCAAAGCAUUUACUAAUACGAAUGUGCUUUAAAAGAUUAUUGCUGCCUGGCAGUGUGGAAUGUAUGAUUUGUUAUUUCAUUUCCUACAACUAUUAUCCAAUCCUACACAAGUUUUAUUUGAUGUUUCUGUAAUCUCAGAAUUAUGACACUAGCAGCUUUGCAUCAUCACUUCAGGCCAAAUUCAAAUGAAUGCAUUUCAAGAUCAGAUACAACUUAUUAGGGGUGAGUUAGGUUUUUUUACAGUAGCUGCCUAUACCAAUAUUUUUGGUUAUGAAACAUCAACGACUGAGAUGAAAUGCUGAUUUGAGGUUCAGUAACAAGCCUGCUCUGUCUGUAAACUGCUGUAUUUCUGUACCGGAUGCGUACAGUAAUGAGAUGAUGGCGUUUGGCUUGAAGUCUGCUGGACAAAACUUUAAACUGUAUUAUUGGGUCCUGAGUCUCACCCAUCAUGUAGCGCAAAACAAAUUGUUUGCAGGCAGGGCAGAGAGGUAGAUGUGUUUUAAAAGAAUUGAUUACGUUUACAAAAACAUCAAUGACUUAAAAAUUGAUUUCUGUAUUAUGUGAAUAUAUAACUUCUGUAAAUGUGAGGAAGUCAUGCUGUCAGAUUUUGGUAGAGAUACCGAAUCUUCCUCUUUAUUUGGAAAAAAAUUACUUUUCUUUUGCUCGCUCAAUAUGAUGUUCCUCACCAGCUUUCUCCCAACAAAAUCAUAACAACAGUCUUAGAUAUUUUUGUCAGAUUUUCUUUUGUCAGAUUUUGACCAAUAAACCAUAAUUAUUG